CCACCUCUGUCUCAGCACAGGUAGUGUACCCAGACUACAUCAAUCCCAGUCUGUUCUGCACGUCUUUCUCCGUCUCCUCCACCCUCUACACAAUGGAAUCUGCCAUCAGCACGCUGGUUUCCGAGUUCAAGACCUUUGCUGGGAAGGAUGGAUCCUCGGACACUCUGAGCAAAGAAGAAUUCCGCUGCCUGGUGGCAUCCCAGCUGCCUAACUUUGUGCAGAAUUCCAGUGACCCAGCAGUGAUCGACCAACUCAUGGGCUCAUUGGAUGAGAAUAACGACGGUGAACUGACCUUCCUGGAGUUCUGGCAGCUGAUUGGCAGACUGGCUAACAAGCAUGGAGGCUUCAGCCAAUAGGAUAGCCUACUAUAAACCCUCUGUUACGGAAUGAUUUUUUUUUUUUUUUACUGUUAGCCCAAAGUGUCAACAAUAAUUAAAAAUGUUUUGCUUUUUUGUUCCGGAUAUGAGUAAAGUUAUUUAUUAACCCGUUAU